AGCGUCGAGCCUCGCCAGUUGGCCGAGUGGCAGUGUACGCAGUGGUUGCUCGUGCGCUUUUCCAGGCGUCCCCGUAUGAGUUUUCGUUGAUUUAUCUGAAAGGGUCAGCGUACUCGGGGAAAAUGAGUGCGGAAGAAGAGGUAUUACGAAUCCAGAAGAAGCUUAACAAGAUGUCGAGCGGCGACGGGACGGGCCAGGAACAAGCCUUGGAGCUGCUCAAAGUACUACAAAAACUACCGGUCAAUUUGGAGCUGCUUACGAAAACGAGAAUCGGAAUGACCGUGAAUGCUCUGCGGAAGUCCAGCAGGGACGAAGAGGUUAUAUCGCUGUCCAAAACUCUUAUUAAAAAUUGGAAAAAGUUCCUCUCUGGUCCAAAUAAGGAUGGUAAAGAUACCGCCUCUUCUAGUAGUUCGAAGAGAAAAGAGGAGAAGUCCGAAAAGAGCAAAGAGGAUGGCGAACAGAAGAAGGAUAAAGAUGCUGGAGAUGGUGGUGAUGUAAAAAUGAAGGAAGACAAGGCUAGUAAGGACCAACCAAGAAAACAGACAUCUUUCCCUUCUACCACCUUCUCUACGACGGAUGCAGUUCGAUUGAAGUGCAGAGAGUUAUUAGCUGCGGCGUUACGAGUCGAUGGCACCAGCUUUGAUGGCUGUGCAUCCCCUGAAGAACUUGCCGAGGAGUUAGAAGAAGCUAUUUACUCAGAAUUCAAAAACACUGACAACAGAUACAAGAAUAGGGUACGAAGCAGAGUCGCCAACCUACGGGAUGCCAAGAAUCCCACCCUGAGGACGAAUUUCCUUGUCGGAGCUAUUACACCGGCACGCUUAGCCGUAAUGACAGCAGAAGAAAUGGCAAGUGACGAGAUAAAGCAACUACGAGACAAGUUUAAAAAAGAAGCCAUUAAUGACGCCCAACUUGCUACGGUCCAAGGCACGAAAACUGAUCUGCUCAAGUGUGGAAAAUGCAAGAAGCGUAAUUGCACGUACAAUCAGGUUCAAACGCGAUCCGCUGAUGAACCGAUGACCACAUUUGUGAUGUGUAACGAAUGCGGGAACCGAUGGAAGUUCUGUUAAAUUUAAGUUACCUCGAUCAGCCACUACCUUGCUCGUCUUUACUUGACAAGAAGUAUCUUCGAAGGGAAAGUGCUUUUGCUCGAUUGCUAUCACUGUCCGAUGAGUCGUUCGAACGAGACGCGAAGUCAUGAAUGCGCGAUUUAGGUCUGCGGUAAACUCAUUUGUGAUUUAGCGUACAAGGUAUGGAAUUGUCGCAACCCUUAUAGACUCGACAGACUAGUCUCACAAGGAAACAUUCCCAAGUGUCCGCCGCCGAUCGUAUUGAUUUUCAUAUUGAUUUCAUAUUCAAAUGUGGACCAUUGCAGAUAAAAAGAAAAGUCUCUCUUAGAUUUUUGUGUUCUUCGACAUGUAUGAAAAUCAAUAAGAUCGACGGCAGACACUUGGGAAUUUUUCCUUAUCAGUGCUGAAUCUGAAAUAUAAAAAUCGCGAAAUAAUUUAAAUGAUAAACCGAUGAUGAAUUAUAAGCAUAAUAUAUCAGUGUUGUUUCAUAUCUCACUGUUAAGAUUCUAGAUUCAUUUGACCUACCGUUCGAAGUAAUCACAGCAGAUCGGAUCAGUAUAUAUGUGGAUGACUGAUUUCAUAGUUGCAUAUGAAUUGAAUGAGACAACUUUUAAACGAUUUUUAUGGGGUUGUCGAAAAAUCUUAUACCGUGAACUUAAUACGUAAGAGUAUAUAAAAUUCUGUAUAUUACUUUAUUCGCCAUGUGCUGCGCGAAUAAAUUGGUGUGUAAUACACGAAUUACAUGCAA